AUGUUCGAUCUCUCCAAGUUCCAAGACCACAUCGGCCAGCUCCCCAGCCUCAAAACCUACACCCACCUAUUGCUUUCCUUCCCCAUGUCCGACGGCUACUUCCAACGCGCAGCCGCCAUCCACGCCCUAUAUGCCGCCACCGAAGCCCUAAUCACCGACUUCCCCUGGCUAGCAGCAGAGGUCAAACACGAGGGUCGAGCACCAGGCAACUCCGGUACCUUUCGCCUGCAGUCGUGCCCCAGCAGCCGACCCGAGGACCUGGUCAUCGUGCGCGAUGCCUCCGACCUCUGCCCCUCCUACAAAGAACUCCACGCCGCCCGCGGCCCAUGCUCAAUGCUCCCGGUGCGCACCCUCGGCCCGGUUGUCUGCUUCCCCGAGCAAUACGAAGACUCCAGCCUCCAGCCCGCGCGCGUGUUCGUCAUGCAAGCGAAUUUCAUCCGGGGAGGGUUGUUACUCGACCUUGCCGCGCAGCACAACUCCAUCGACGACAUGGGUCUGCACCAAUGCGCGCGUCUCCUGGCCAAGGCCCUUCGCCACGAGCCCUUUUCCCCUCUGGAGCUGGAUCAGGGGAAUCGAGACCGUCGACAACUCAUCCCGCUGCUGCACGACCAAGACGAUGGACCGGAACCGGUCCUCGACCCCUCGCAUCUCCGCCACAACAACAAGUCCGCCCCGUUCUCCUUAUCUCCAAACCCUCAAGCCCUCCGUCCACCGGCACAAUGGCACCACUUCCACAUCCCCGCCCACCACCUCGCCAAGAUCCACGACCGCGCCACCAAAGACCUGACCACCCAUGCCCCCAAGCUCCAGCGCCACCAGAGACCUCUCGCCGGUCCUACUGCACCAGCAUCAUACAUAUCCACCACAGACACCCUCUGCGCCUUCCUCUGGCACCACCUCUCCGCCGCCCGCCACCUCUCCCCCUCCCAGCGCACGCAAUUUUCCCGCAGUAUUGACGCGCGUCGCGUGCUGGGUAUCCCGGCAGCAUACAUGGGCCAGAUGACCCACACCGCCACCGUCAGCCUCACCUACCGGGACCUCCGUGCGAUGAACCUCGGCGAGACGGCCGCGGGGCUGCGGGAUAGGCGUGUGGAGGUGGAUACCGAGUAUGCGGUGCGGAGCUGGGCGACGGUCCUCGCGCAGACGAGGGACAAAUCGAGGAUUAUGUUGGAGGGUGAGAGCGAGUACGAUCGUUUGGCUGAUGUUCGGGUGUGCUCGUUGGAGCAUGCAGGGUUGGAUUCUUGUGUGUUUGGGGCGUUGGGGAGGCCGGGGCUGGUGAGGAGGCCGGGUUCGGAGCCGUUGGAAGGGGGGGUGCAUUUCUGGGAGGGGAGUGAGGAUGGGGGGGUGGAGAUGAUGGUUUGUUUGGGGAAGGGAGAGGUGGAGGCGUUGAGGGGGGAUGAGGGGUGGAGCGAGGUGGUGGAGUUUGUGGGUUAA